CAGUAGGAAAGCGGCGCCAUUCACGUCAGUCCAUUAUCAGUGUUUGUGCGAAGAAGUGGUGUAAUCUGGGAGGGAGCUUUUCUUGUGCUUGAGCCAAGUCGAGGCCUCAAGGCAUAGUGCUGUGUCGCCAUGGAUCCUUCUUGGAUAACAGCAGAGGUCGCACGCCUUUUACCCGUGGAUAUGGACAAGAGUCUACCUCCUGUUGACCCUAGAACAGCCGACUGGCCACUGCUGGGUGAAAUCUGGCAACCGCUGUCUAUAGCCGGUGCCUACUUGGCCAUGGUGUUCAUCGGGCCCAAGCUGAUGGCACCUUUCAAGCCUUUUCAACUGCGAGUGACUUUGGUGAUCUACAAUCUUUUUCUUACUCUUCUCAGCCUGUACAUGUGUGUGGAGUUCGUUUUAUCUGUCAUCGAUGGUGGUCUGAACUGGGGAUGCUCGGCCGUUGACUAUGCACCCACCGCAGCAGCCACUCGGCUGGCUCGAGUGUGCUGGGUAUACUAUGUUUCCAAGGUGGUUGAAUUCUUUGACACGCUCUUCUUCAUUCUGCGUAAGAAACAAGAGCAGAUCUCGUUCCUGCACGUCUACCAUCACGUCACCAUGUUCAUAUGGUGGUGGCUGGUAACCAAGCGAUAUGCUGGAGGCAGUGUCUACUUUGGUGCAAUGAUGAACAGUGGUGUGCACGUCAUAAUGUACUUCUACUACAUGCUGGCUGCUUUCGGCCCUGCUGUGCGCCCUUACCUCUGGUGGAAGAAGUACCUGACGUCGAUUCAAAUGAUGCAGUUCUUGAUCGUCAUCGGCCACAAUCACUAUGUGGCCUACAGCGACUGUGGCUUCUCCGUCCCUCUCGCUUACUGCCUGACUGCUUACAUGUGGUCGUUAUUCGCACUCUUCUAUGAUUUCUACCGCAAGAGCUACCGGCGGACAUCGAAGGAGCGGCCGGAUGGCAGCCAUGCUGUCUCCGCAUCGCAGAACGGUGCCAGUAAUGGUGCUGGCAAGAAACAUCAAUAGUUCCGAUCAGCAAUGGCUUCCUGCCACUCUACCCUGGAGUGAACUGUUCAACAGUUUGGUCCUAGCAUUGCAGCAUCUAUCUCUAUUUGUGUAAGUCGAUUUUUGGAUGACGUUCAUUAUUUGAACGUGGAUCCCCUUUUCUUCCGGAUUCUUUCUAUCAGAUCUAUUUUGGUAUUUUAUGCAGCUUUGCCUCUGCAGCCGGUUAUGCCAUGCUCUACGUUGACUUAUUUACUUUUCGGAGUUGUGCCGUCCCCUGUUUGGUUCUCGGUGGUGUCGUCACUGCAAUGCUGCGCCAGUAGGAUAUUUUUUCUAGGGGUGCCGUCUUGCUAUUUUGAACUAGUUUCCUCUUUUGAAGACGUACAGUAUGUUGACUACA